AUGUCGGGCAAGAGGGACAAAGCGUCCGCGGAGGAUCUGCACGUCAUGGACACGGUGGAGCAGUAUGAAACAUACGAAGAUUACCUAGACUCUCAGGUCACCGAGACGGACAUGUAUUACCUGCAAGACGAGGAUCUUGCGCGCCAGUUGGUUGAGCUUGGCUAUCGCGGCUCAGGGGACACCCUGCAAAGAGAGGAGUUCGAGGCACGGAAGAAGGCCCUGCGGGAACGGAGCACUCAGAAAACCAACGCCCCGAAACAGCUGUCGAGCUCCGGCAAGGACUUGAGCGCUUCCCCGUUCCUGCUUGCCCUCGGAAACCGAGAAGAGCUGGUUCGCAACGGCAAGCUGACUUCCAUAAUAUUUGUUCGAGACGUAAACAGCAAGGGGCAGGAGGUCAGCGGCUACAUCGACUACGCGCACCGGUUGAGGUCGACCAACUUCGAGCCGUACUUCGAGCGACGAAAAAAGCUCAUGCCUAGGCCGACGGACCUGAGCUACUACAACUGGGAAACCCAGACUUCAACGUCAACCUCUACGCCCAACUUCCAGGUUAUCGCGGACGGGGAAGCGGGGCUGCUGUUCAAGAACAAGCGAGACCGAAAGGUGGUCAACGUAGACCCCAAGGCUCCCCCGGGCGACAACACCACGAGGACGGAGAUUCGCACGCCGGAGUACCGGCAGGUGGUCAUCUACGACCAUAUGACGAGAAGGAAAAGCUGAUCGCAAGGAAAAGGGGGGGGAGGAGGAGGAGGAGGAGGAGGAGGAGGAGGAGGAGGAGGAGGGAAAUCCAAGAGAGACUAGUCGGUGUUUCUUACCACAUGUCGAAAAGCGGAUCGAGGCGUUCAUCACGGAGUGCUUUGGGGCAUGGUAUGCCUCGUGGCAUGCAGCAGAGACGACGAGAAGCGGCGUUUUUUUUAUUGUCUCAGUAGGGAGUAUAACACAACACAUCAUUUGGUAUUUUGUCUUUGUGAAGCGUCACCGCUUCGUUCAUUAUGAGAAAGGAACAUGGUAGUUCUAGCGCAUCUAUCUGGCGACAAAAAGUGACUUGUGCCUGAAAAGGCGAAGAAGAGUCUACAGGAGCUUUUUAUGGGACGCCCUGCGACCGCUGAAUGACAUUUUCUGGGGGGGGGGGCGGCACUAUGCUGUGGAGAAUAGUGCACAGAACAACACGGAGGCUGGCAAAAGUCUCCCGUAACGCCAAGUAGUUCUGGAAAGCUCUUGCUUCCUCUGGCGGUCCCUCUGACAUGAGAGUCACUUGCGCCAGCAGCGGGAUACACCAUCGAUGGGCCCUCACACAACAUCAAGAAUACGCACUUCAUUUGGCUUUUACUUCACGGUCGCUCCCUGUGGCUACCGCACAAGUCACGUCUUUCGCUUUUUCGGGAAAGUUCCGAGUCAGCUUCAAACAGAAAAACAGAUUUUUCCUUGUCUCCAAAACCACAUACAUACGUGAUUUAAAAAAAACAACCACCCGAAGACUGUUUCCCCCCAAAAGCGGGUCCGGAUUUUGAUACAGUAACACCUACCCGGCGAACACCGGUCGACUCGCAAGUUGACAAGGGAACACACAAACAAGAAGAGGGUCAAAACACAAUCAAUCAUCAUCCCGCCGCGUGGACCACUCUCCUUUGUGUUCCCAUCGUUUCUAUCCCCCGGUCUCCCCUACCCAUUCCCCCUCACUUGCUGUGUACUGUGUACCCUCCCCCCCACCCUUAGCUACCGACAUGGCAACGGGCGAGCAAAACGACCGCACGUGUGUUGUUGGUGUUUUGCCAUGGGGUGCUAGUUUUAUCGGCUUUCCUUGCCGCCAGCAUUUUUUUUUUUGUUGCGCCUACAUCGCAGCGCGUCUGCGUGUAACAGUCUCGAAUCGUCCGUCCUGCUACUCUCUCGCGGCGAGCCUCGCUUAGCCAAGGAGGCAACGGCAGACACAAACCCCCCUCCCUUAUGAAGAAUUGGCAUGGCAAGCCAAUCGCUUCCUCCGAAGACUUUCUUCCCUUAGCAAAUACCAAGAAAAGUAACAUAGUACCCCCCACAACAACGAAAGGUAUCUACUACUAACAGCGUGUGUCCCCACCCUCACAAGCGAAGACCGUGAACACAUUCGCACAACAUAAUUUGUUUUUUUCUUCUUCUGAUAACAAAAAAUAAAAUCCUCUUGUCCGGUUGGAAAAAACCAAUCUACACUGACUUGGAAAACAUAGCUCAACCACUGUUUCGCGUGCCGUCGUUACACGGCCGCACGGAGUAUCGAAUAACGAUCAUGACGAAAAAGAUAAUCAACACAAGUACUCCUUUCCGAGAUAACUUAUUGCCUCUGUCUCCUCUCCUUAGUCUGUCUGUUGCGCUAGGCGCGCAAACGUGCCGAGUUUAUGAACGAAAAAAAAAAAGUCGUUCUAUCCAUGGCAUCCACCUACACACGGCGCUGUCUCGCCACAUUCCUUUCUCACGUGCUGCUGUACUACUAAAUAUUGCAAUAAUCCGUAGGCAUUUGCUGUGCGUGGAUACGAACGUAGUCAACAGUUUCCAACCUCCAUGUGCACCUUGUUGACGGCCUUCGAGAGCAACGCGAUUCCCCAACGUGUUUCAUCCUGAACCAACAAAGUUCUGCAAGUCUCUUGUCGAGAUGUACAGUCACCCGAAGUCACGCCGACCUCCAGUCAACAACAAGAGGCUCCCAAGCAUCAUCAUCUCUCGCCACAAUAUUUUCAAACUGCAGCUGUACGUAUAGCAUGGACGACCGCCGAAGCAACGAACGAGAUUUACACGCCAUCACAUCUUCUGUCUUGCCCAAUCUUCCAACUGCAGCUGCGUAUUGUACGCCACGGACGGUAUCACACAAAAACACACACCACACGGUC